AUGGAGAAUACUACUGACAACUCUCAAGAUGUCUUCAAUUUCACACAGAGUGAAGUUCUGACCAAUAUGCCACAGAACUCCAUUGAAGUACAAGUUAUAACAAUUGUUCUCGCACUUAUAAUAUGCGGAGUUGGGAUAGCGGGGAAUAUUAUGGUGGUAUUGGUUGUGCUGCGCACCAAGCACAUGAUGACCCCUACUAACUGUUACCUUGUCAGUCUGGCUAUUGCGGACCUUGUCGUCCUAUUAGCGGCAGGUUUACCGAAUAUUUCCGAAGUAGUCGACUCUUGGAUAUACGGUUACGCUGGGUGCCUUUGUAUCACAUACCUGCAAUAUCUGGGUAUCAAUGUAUCAUCCUGCUCCAUCACAGCCUUCACCAUUGAGCGUUACAUUGCUAUCUGCCACUCCAUCAAGGCGCAAUUUAUUUGCACCGUGUCUCGGGCAAAGAGGAUAAUUGCCUGUGUAUGGGUUUUCACCUCGCUGUACUGCAUAAUGUGGUUCUUUUUAGUGGACACGAACGAAACCGUCUACGCCGAUGGGGUGGUGGUCAGCUGUGGCUACCGUGUCUCAAGAAACCUCUACAUGCCAAUUUACUUUCUAGACUUUACUUUGUUUUACGUCUUCCCUCUCAUUGUGGCUACUGUGCUGUACGGUCUCAUCGCAAGGAUAUUAUUUAUGAGCCCCUUGCCAACCAAUCUCAACGACAGAAGUGAAGGUUCUAUACACCAGGGGCGCUCCACCAGCACCGUCAAGGUGUCGGGCAAAUCGAACAAGGGUGCAGUGACGUCAAGAAAACAGGUAAGGCUACAAUUUGUAAAUUAUUGUGGAAAAUAGUAAUUAUUGCUUUAUAAAGGCUAUUAAAUUGACAAAAUAGUGUACAAAAUGUGUUCAAAAAAUAAUUUAGGCAACAAUAUAAAAAAUGAUGUUCACUUUGAAAGUUUAUCAAUGUUUAUAAAUGUAGUGUGUAGUUUAUCUACACAAUGCAGGCUAGUGCGUAGUUCAUCAAUGUAGUGUGGAGGAUACAGAAGCAGGCUCGUAGUAAUGGUUUCAAAGUUAAUAGCAUUCUGUUAUUAUCACCUUACAUUAAUUAUAGCUUUGUUUACCAUCAUUAGACUGUUCCACUCUACACCAAAAAAUAAAAUGGUUUUGUCUUUGCAAUUUGAAAUGUAGGCCUAAAGGCCCUUUCAUCAGUCAAACAAACAACCAGGAACUUUUGAGUCAAUUAUUAUGACACUGUAGUAACAUUUACAGUAUUAUGAAGAACCUGAAUAUUAGAACACCAUUUUCUUUCUCCCCAUAAUUUAGGUUACUAAGAUGCUAGCAGUGGUGGUGAUUCUUUUCUCCCUGCUCUGGAUGCCAUACCGGACACUGGUGGUGGUCAACUCUUUCAUGGACCCACCCUACCUCAACACGUGGUUCCUGCUCUUCUGCCGCAUGUGCAUCUACACCAACAGUGCCAUCAACCCUAUCAUCUACAACCUGAUGUCUCAGAAGUUCCGGGCCGCCUUCAAAAAGCUUUGCAAGUGCAAGGGCCAAGACCCAGAGAAAGUUACCAAGUACAGUGUGCCAGUGUAUUACAGUGUCAUGAAGGACUCUUCCCAUGAGACUCAUGAGCAGACAGAGCAGGAGGAUGUCAGCAGCUUUGGUAACACUGGUGGUAAGAGGGUCAACUUCACAGAUGAG